GUGAACGGGAAACCCUCUCGUGGACGCUUCUACAAUGGACUGGUUUUUCCAUGCGUCUGGUGGUCAGUCAGACGCACCUACAGGAUUUACGAAUUAGAUAGCCAGUCAGAUACGCAUUUUUGGAAGUUGAUCAUCACCUCAUUUCACCUUGCUACAAACAUGUUGUUACAAGCUCAUACUCCUGGAAAAUUCCUGAGUUGAUUCUUCAAGGGUGGAGUUUUGAACUUAGGGGGAUGGGCAAAUUCAGAGAUCAGGUCACUUGGCAAUCACUGGCAUGGCCAACCUGCUGAUACGAAUUGUUUUUCCUCGAUGCUUACGAAAGAGAGUUUUGUACCGGAUUUGAUCGCCCUUGAAGGCACAAGCAAGCCAUACCUCGUGCCAUUACCAGGCUGAACAGAAAUGAUCCAUGUGUGCUCAGUGGGGAUUGAUCAUGGAGCGUUCACAUCUCGCUACCAGCCCCAUCGUCUCACCACUGCCUUGUCCUUAAAUUCUAAGAAAGUCAUGCCUUGUCUACCUAUACUUCUAAAAUCUAUAUGGAUUUUUGACCAUUGUACAAAACAGUAAGGAGUCUACCAAACCAAAUGGUGUAAUUGUAGCUACCCCAGUCAACACAUUUGCUUGGUGUCUUCAUGUGAAAUCCACUGGGAAUGUGUGGGUUGGACAGCAUUCUCUUGGACGUUCUGAAGAAGGGGCGCUAGAGAGGUGCCAAGGCGCAAAAGAGACCAAGACAUUUAGGUGACCGGUCCAUCAGUCGGGACAGGUACAUGCAGGACACCAUGGCUCCCAAUACCGCCGGCGCAGAUGCCGUGUGUGUUCCAGACAAGGGAGUGGGCCUGCCACAGAAGUGCCUGAGUGGCAUCUUCCAUAAAGGGAAGGAGAGCAACCAGGAGAUGGAGAGCCACGAUGGGUCUGCUAGUGAGGGUCCCAGCAGGCGCAUCCCACUGCACAAAUGGGUCAUGAAUGGAGCGGUCAUGUUUGGCAGGGAAUUCUGUUAUGCCAUGGAGACUGCCCUGGUGACACCUGUACUACUGCAGAUAGGUCUGCCGGAGCAGUACUACAGUCUGACGUGGUUCCUCAGCCCGGUGCUGGGCCUGAUGUUCACCCCUGUGAUUGGCUCGGCCAGCGACCGCUGCACUCUGAGAUGGGGCCGCAGAAGACCCUUUAUCCUGGCCCUCUGUGUGGGUGUGCUGCUGGGAGUCGCCCUGUUCCUCAACGGGGCUCUGAUUGGCUUGACCGUUGGGGAUGUUGUUGGCAGACAGCCUAUCGGUAUAGUGCUGACCGUUGUUGGCGUAGUGGUGCUAGACUUCUGCGCUGAUGCCUCGGAGGGCCCAAUCCGGGCGUACCUGCUGGACGUGGCGGACACAGAGGAGCAGGACAUGGCCUUGAAUAUUCAUGCCUUUUCAGCUGGACUGGGAGGAGCGGUGGGUUACAUGCUGGGCGGUCUGAACUGGACUCACACUGCUCUGGGCAAAGCCUUCCAGGCCCAGGAGCAGGUGCUCUUCUUCUUUGCUUCCAUCAUCUUCAUCAUAUCAGUGACUCUCCACCUGUUUAGCAUCAAAGAGCAGCCGUACAGCGGGCAACGGCAGGAAUACCUGGAGGGGGAUGAAGUAGAUGACCAGUGUCUGGUCCGGCCCAAUGGCAGCCUGCCUCAGCUGGACCUGAUCGGUGAGGAGGAGUUUGACCAAGUCGAGCAUGACCGUGAGGUUCAGGAAAUGCAGAUGGACUUCCUGAAUGUGGACAUGGUGCGGAGCAAAAGUGACUCUGUGCUGGCUAUGCCAGACGCCACCAUCGAGCUUGACCCAGACCUGGAUCGCGAUCAGACUCUCGGUUUGAUUCCUGAUGUAGAUUCACCAUUUGAAAAGGAUGGUGAAUCGGCCUUCCAAGACCGCUUCCAAGCAGUGCAGCAGACCUCUUUGGUGCGUUCUGGCAGCAGUCACUGUUCCCUGGCACGCUCGCCGGACAGCAUGCUCGCCGGGGCCACUAAGGCCCGUAACGGAGCUCUGUCCAGCUCCAGCUCGGGCGCCUUCGCCCUGGUUGGUGCCAACAGCCAGCAGGGCAAAGUGGGCCAGCGAGGUGGUCCUCCCUGCGUAUUGUCACGGCCCCGGCACCUCUCCUUCUACCGGCAGCCGUCGUUCACCUUCUCCUACUACGGGCGCGUAGGCCUCCAGCGGCCCCGGCGUCACCGCGCCGGCAUAUCGCCCAUGCGCAUCACCUCCACCCGCAGCCUGAACGACAUCGACCAACUGGCGCGACGGCCGCGGGGCCGGCGACCGCAGUGGAGGGGCACAUCUGAGUCCAGCAGUGAGAACGGGGAGAGUGAGGACGGGGGCGAGGGCACCACGGUCAAGCUUCUGUGGCUGUCCAUGCUGAAGAUGCCCCGGCAGCUCGGCUGGCUCUGCCUCUGCCACCUGUUCACCUGGUUCUCCAUCAUGGCGGAGGCAGUCUUCUAUACCGACUUCAUGGGCCAGGUCAUUUUUGAAGGAGACCCCACGGCUGCUGCUAACUCCACAGAGCUGCAGAACUACCAUAAAGGGGUCCAGAUGGGCUGCUGGGGGCUGGUGGUCUAUGCUGCUACAGCUGCUGUCUCUUCAGCUGUGCUCCAGAAAUACCUAGACAACUAUGACCUCAGCAUCAAGAUCGUCUAUAUGUUGGGCACUUUAAGCUUUACUGUGGGAACUGCAGUGAUGGCUAUUUUUCCAAACAUCUAUGUUGCCAUGACGAUGAUAAGCACCAUGGGAGUCUUUUCCAUGAGCAUCUCCUACUGUCCCUAUGCCCUUUUGGGUCAGUACCAUGAAAUUAAAGAGUACAUCCAUCACAGCCCCGGUAACUCUAGAAGAGGGUUUGGCAUUGACUGCGCCAUCCUGUCCUGCCAAGUGUACAUUGCCCAGAUCCUGGUGGCUUCUGCGCUGGGUGCGGUGGUAGAUGCUGUGGGCACAGUGAGGGUCAUCCCCAUGGUGGUGUCAGUAAGUUCUCUCCUGGGCUUUCUUGCUGCUGCAUUUCUUGUCAUCUACCCCACGUCCGAGGAGGAUGAGGAUGAGGAAGAGGAGCCUGCUCAGAUCAACCUGGGCCCUGACGUCACAGUGGAGUAUCACCUGAACAAGCCCAGUGAGCUGAAACUAGAAGCCCAAAACAGCAGCUAAAGGUCCUCUCCAUGCUCUCCUCCAAGGCUAGGAGGAACCACACAUGAGACCAUACUGUAUAGCCUUCAUUUUACAGAAUGCACUGCCAAACGUAAACAAUGUUGUGAUGUUUUUAAAGAGACCUCUCUUGUUAACGUAAAAGAUCAAACCUACAGCCUAUUGCCAGCAAAAGCCUUCCAUGCCAAAGGCUCAGCAUCUGAUCGACUCGUGCAGAUGUUGUCCAGUAAGCCUGGUGCAUUGUUGAAAUGUGCCAAGAGUGCCUUCACUGAGGUACCAGCUAUAGUUUAUGUAAUCAGAUUAUGUUGUCAAGCUCACUUUGAGCAUGGUACUGAUCAAUCCUGAUAAUCAGGUGAAAUACAGAGGAUCAUAUCUGCCAAAUAACUUCUAAAAUCCAACCGUCUUACUGAAAGACAUCACGUAUCACUAGAACAAGGCAAUGUAUGCUCAUGUAACUUGUUAGGGAGGUCUCGUUGUUAGGUGUUCCUUUUCUGUUCCAUUUAGUUUUAAAAUGAUUUCAGUGUCACAGAUCUCAAUGAUUUAAAGGGCCAUCUACUCUUGUCAUCCUGAAGAUAACGGCAGAUUUGAAAGGGCAGCAUGCAACUGCUUGCAGCAAUGCAACAACUGUUAAAUGCUCUGCAGAGUCUUUAUUCAGGAGUUGUCCCAUUCCUUCUAAACCUGUAUCAGUGAGCCUCACUAGCAGUGUAGGGCUCCAAACAAGCCCUCGAGUUUUAAACACGCUAUGCACGAUGCCAAAAAGCCUAAGGUGGGGAUCCAAGUAUUUAGCAUGAAGCUUUGAGAACUAUGACGAGUCUGUAUGUUUAUUGGUGAUUUCUUGUUUUGCGCCAAGCUUUAGUCCUGUUAGUUGAUUGAAGCACAUCAGAUUGUAAGCUACAGUAGUGGAAUGCAUUCCAUAGCCUACACGUUGAGGCUUGCUAAGCAUUUUAGAGUUCCAACAUGAGUGCUGGUGAGACUGUGCUCGAACGCAAUGUGCACAGGACCUACAGAAAUGGGUCUGUAUGCCCUGUUAGUAACAUGUCCCAAACUAUACAGAAGGUGUGAUUGAACUCUGCUGUUAAACCAAACCCUCCGAAGACUAUGCACAUGUUUCUUCAAUUAUUUUGAUAUAUUAGAAAAAGUAAAAAUUCUAGGACCAAUUUUGAUGUGUGUUGCACAUUCAUUUUUUUCAUUCAGAGGCUUUUUUUAAGUAGGCCUAUGAUGGGCCUCAUAUGCAAGGAUGGGUUUUUGAUACUUUGAAAUAACUGCUUAAUAUCUAUAUCAUUUAACACCUUUCUCCCGGAUCCCACCUCAACCUUGUGCUGCUGUCAACUUCUGCAAAAAGAAAAAUAACUAUUGUUACCUUAAAGGGAGACAAAUCUUUUGUAUUCCGUAGAUUAUUAUUAUUUUUAUUAUUAUCCUAUUUGUUGGACAAAAUAAAUGUGUACUGUGUUGUAGUACUGCUGUGAAAAGAAAACUUUAUUGAUUAUUGGAAAUUAAAGUGGUGUUUGUUUGUUUUUUAAUAAAAGUUUUUGCAGUUCAA